AUGAUGGUCAUCUAUAAAGUAAGCCAAAAGGGAUCUAUUGUGGACCAGCGAUUCAAAAAGAGACUAGUGAGAGAAGAAGAGGUGUCUACUGGGAGGAUUCCAACAACAACAACAACCGAACAAACAUCAUCCAAUACUCUCCGACAGCUGAAUUUGGAUAGUGAAGGCUCGGUAAACUCUGCUAACAACAAGACUGCUUCAUCUUGUGUUGCAGCAGCAUCGAUAUACAGCAGCUCCUCAGAUGAUGAAGAAGAGAAGGACAAUCAAUCCACGAGCACAGCCUCACGAUUUUCUUCCUUCAUCAAUUUCGUUUUCGGUGGUGGCAAAAAGACAGACAAAUCCUCUAAAGAUGUCGUUGAUGCCAAUACGGAAUGUAACAUUACAUCGUCAUCAACAGAAAACUGUUCAUUCUGCAUGUAUGACUAUGUAGACUCAAACGAUAACAACUUGCUUAGAUGUCCUGCAAAACUUCUAGAAGAUCCAAUGAAACUGUUAGGAAGAACAGUUUUAGUGGUUGGUGGGUGUUGUGAAGGUGUUGGUUAUGAGAUUGCGUAUGCUUUAGCGCAACUGGGAGCAAGAAAAGUCGUUCUAGCUUGUGCCAACGAGAAGGAAGCACAAGAGGCCAUUGAGAACAUGACUGAUAUUAGUAGAGGAGUCGUUGAAUACAUGAAUUUAGAUCUUUCAUCCAUCCAAAGCAUUCGACAAUUUGUGAAUUUUUAUCAAAAUGUUAUGAAUUAUGAGUGUCAUGUACUGGUAAAUACUGUACUUUGCACAAGACAGUCUAGAACUGGUAAAAACACUCCUAAUCGUAGCAACAGUGAAAGAGAUUUGGAAAGUUUGUCAAACCAAAUGGGACCAAGAUUUACUAAAGAUGGCUUUGAAAGAAACUUCCAACUUAAUUAUCUAGGUAGAAUUUUACUGAUAGACAUGUUGUCAGAAAAUCUCAAACGAAAUCAUACAAGAAUAGUGAACGUUGUGGAACUGCCUAAUUCACAGAUUCAACAAAAGAAACUGAAAACGAUACCUGUCUAUGAUUUAAGUGCUAGCUCUUUCAAAAAAGCAUACACUGAGCAAGACUACAUCAACUUUUCAAUGAGAUGUAACUUGUUGUGGGUAAAAUCUUUUGCCAACAAAUAUCAACAAGAUGGUGUGACCAUCUGUUGUUGUGAUCCAGAGCUACCUGAGACUUACAAACCUCCUCUCCCUGAAAUUAUCAAUCAACCUACCUCCACCUCCUCUCUUCUUUCCUCAAACACCUCCUCUUUCUUCAUUGAUGACCCUUCCCAUGCUAACUUAUCCAUUACCAACGACUAUGCAGAGGAAAUAACCAAUUUUGAUAAGAUCCAAAGUUUAUUGUUUGGGUCCCUUUGUGACAAGCAAUAUUUUGACAAUGGAUCCUUUAUAACGAAUUACAGAGCCAAAGCUCUUCCUUCUUCCUUUUUCAACAAGAAAGACUUGGAGUCAAACUGGGAGACAACAGCGAAUUUAAUUAUGAACAUUUUGACCCAACUUCAUUCACCUCCUUCUUCACCCUCUCCUGUUCCCAAUUCCAAAUAA